ACCCCGAGCUUUUUCCUCUCACGCGAAGGUUAACCCAGUGAAAGUAUUGAGUUUUUCAAGGGAGGGUCCUGAGGACCUACAAAUUUUCAAGUGCCCCUUUCGAAAGUGUUGAUUAAUUUGUGGUUUUUGGCUGUUUGAAUUGCGCGAUAAUGAGCUGCGAGAGUGUUUGUCAAGUAGUCGUCAAAUGAAAGCCGUUAAAAUCACGCCACGCCGCGCGGGAAGCCAAAUUAAAAAUAGCUCCAUUCACCUCUAAUAGGGGCUUUCAUCUCAUUCUCGGCAUCGUCGUCGUCGUCGGCGGCAGCUGUACUCUCGGUCAGUAGUUUAUGGCCGUAAAUUGUGUCGAGUGACAGCAUCGGUCAAGCGUUUCAGUUUACUGACCCCGUAACCCAUCGGAACGGAAUCCGGUCGGAACCGGUGGGAAAUCGAUGAUUCUUGAAGCAGUUUGUUAUUCCAAAAAAUAAUGAGAUAAAUUCGUCGACACAGCAGUGAAUUAUAAACACCAACAAGCAUAGCACAACAGUACCAACCAAAUCAAUACGCUUCCUUGGCCUAAAUUAAAAGCAGAUAAAAACCCAAUAAAAACCAUGUCCAGCAACGGGAGCACUCCAAUCAACAGUCCCCGGAAGAUAUUCGGCAGGACGGCGACGUCGGACAAGAACGCCAUGCUGGAGUACGAGAUGAACAAAAAUCUAGAUAGCCAUUUCCGCGAAAAGGCCGAGAAGGAACUGGGCGAAACGGGCAGCGAACUGACGUACACCAAGAUCCGACAGCUGAGGCAACAGUUGAACAUCUACGCCGAACAUCACCAGCGAGGGUUGGGCGGACGGCGGGACGAUUCGUUUUUGUUGCGAUUUUUGCGCGCGAAAAAGUUCGACGUCGAUAAGGCGUUUAAAAUGAUUCAAAAGUACUACAAGAUGAAGGACGAAUACCCGGAGAUCUUCAAGGUGUCCCCACCUUCCGAGAUGAAGUUCAUGCUGGAGAUGCAGAUCCAGUGUAUGCUCCCAAAACGGGACGAUAGUGGACGUCAGAUUUACGUAUUUAGAGUUGAGAAAUGUGAUCCGUACAAAAUUCCAGUAGACUACGUAUUCCGCAGCAACGUGCUGGCACUGGAGGAUGCCGUCCGCAACCCAGAGGUUCAAAUUGGUGGGCUGGUCGUGCUGCUUGACAUGUCCGGGCUGGGAUUCGCACAUGCAAGGUACUUGUCCCCGCACUUGGCCAAGAAAACCGUCGAGGUGGUCCAGGAAGCGUUCCCGAUGCGCUUCAAGGCGUUCCACGUGCUGCACGAACCGUUUUACUUCGACGCCAUCCUGGCGGUGUUGAAACCCUUCUUGAAGGACAAGAUCCGACGGCGAAUACACCUGCACGGCCACAACCUGAACUCACUGCACAAGUACAUCUCGAAGGACUUUCUGCCGGCGGAGUACGGCGGAACGUUGCCCCCGUUCGACAACACCGAGUGGCGUACGGCCAUCCUGGAGAACGAGCAGUACUUUGUCGACCUGGAAUCGUACAACCACGGGCCGGACAGCAGCUGCUUCCUGGACAACGUGGACGGCAGUGGUGGCGGCGGCGAUGCGGACAGUAUCGAGAGUUUGCAGUUUGGGGACACCGAGACGGAGGACAGCGAGUUUGACGAGGACGACCGGCGGGUGUUGAGUCCAAAGCGGACGCCCCGGUCGUUGGUGAACAUUGAGGAGAUUUUCCUGAGGAACGAAUUGAGCAAUGGGGGCGAUGACGACGAUGGGCGUCCCGAGAAAGAAGUUGAAGAUGUGAAAUAAAGUUGAAGGGAGUUUGCUGCUGCAUCGUGUGUGUGUGUGAGAGAUUGUGCUUUUGUGUUUUUUUCACGUCUCUUUACAUUUUCCUCAUUUUCCACCACUUUUCCUCCUACACCAUAGGGCUUUCUUUUUAUUUCACAAUUUUCCAUUAUGCUCAGUUCAGGCAAAGUUGUUCUUUUGUGAUGAUGCUGGGAGGGAAUAGAUAAAAAAGUGCCCCGUCUCGUCGUGGGUACGAGCAGUGCAUCAUGUGAAAAUACCGAGCACAGAGUGUUGAAAUUAUCACUGAUGGAGCUUUCAAAUUGAGGUAUGAAUUGAACACAUGUUCCUGACGAGUGGGAAACGGUGACUGGAUGUGAAAAAGGCUAGAUGUGUUGCUUCUUUUGUUGUGCAAUUUAUGAAGCGAGACUUGCAAAGUGUGUCGAAAUGGCAAAGACUUUCAAGUGCUUUUGUUUGGCAAUUUCUUUUAUGUCUACGUUCAAACCCCGAUGGUUUGACACCAACUGUUGUCAAACGAACGGGGUCACUUUUUAGUUUGACAACCCCUUUAUACGGAGUUCACACACACUACCAAACGUUUGUUUUGAUAGUGUUCGUGAGCACCGAGUAAAAAGUGACAGUUCGUCACUUUUUAGUUUGACUUUGACCAACCAUGGGAUACAAACUAAAAAAGUGUCAAACGAAAAAGUGACCAACCACCGGGGGUUGAGUGUAGUAAACUUUAACGUUUGUUAUUUGAACAAACCUCAUUUCAUUGUUGAAGCAAUGAAAAUCUUGCUAUGAUGAAUACGUUUUGGUAAGUUAUAUUAAAGUUAGAAGAAAAAUGCGUGAAAUGAAUAUUUUUCAAAAAGCUUUUAAUUACAUAAAAAGAUUAAAUUUGAUUUAAAAAAUUUUGUUCACAUAAAGCCAUCGAAAAAUUAUCAUGGGAAAUUGAUAGAUAAUUAUAUAUAUAUAUAGUUCUAGUCAAUAAAUCUUAAACCAGAUUUGCCUAAAGUAAGCGAUAUUAAUCUAAUAAGACAAAUUCCAAAAAUCAAUAAACUUUUCAAUAUAAGUGACUUUUAAAUGUUGUAAUAAUUCAAAUAUAAUUCAGAUAUAAUUUGAUCUUUAUUUGGCCAUAGUUUGAUGAAAAUCUCGAUGAGAUUGAUUUCAUUUGAAUUGAAACUCAUGUAAGGAAUAGUAUCUCUGAAAAUCAUCAAACAGGAUAAAAUUGAAGAGAAUAAUCAAUCUAUUUUGAAGCAAAAAGAUGAAGAAAAUACGAUUUUUUUGUGAUUCACUAUGAUUUUUCUCUCUUUCAAUAUUACAAAAUCUUUCAAUUUGUUGGGAUAUCCAAACACGUUUAAUGAAACUUGUCUUAUAUUUUUUUCUGAAUAAACUCUUACUAUGCCGUUUAAAUACUUCCAUUUGUUUAUGUUUGUAAUUUGGCCAUAAUGUUUUAAAAAAAUAUUGCAAAGGAAAUAUCUAAAAUCUUUAUUGGAAUAUUAUAUGUUUGGAAUCAGUGAUGUAUCAUCACAGUUACCUUGUUUUGUUUUUGUGAAUGUUUAAUUUUUAUUUUGAAAUAGAAUCAUUAUAAAAAAUGGAUUUUUAGUAUGCAAGCAAUUAUGCAGAAAUUCAAAGCAAACAAUAAAAAUUCCAAAACAAAUGUGCUUCAAUCAAGCUCAAAAUUGGUUUGCCAAAAUUAUCAGUACUUUUUUGUGUGGUUCAAAUUUUUAAUAAAAACUGUUUAUUUUCAAGAAUCUGUGGGAAUCUAACAAAAAAAAUUAAACGAAACAGAAAAAAGGCGGGGUUGGCGGAGAGCAUAAUAAUUUUCUAAGAAGUCUUAAUUGUAUGUGUGAAAUGUAUGUGUGGAAGUGUGAAAUUCCCGGGCAGACGGUAAUAACAAAAUUCAUGCCAUUUCAAUAACAAAUUCUGUUAAAAUAACAAAAAGUGUUAUGGAAUCUUCCUGAAAAAUCCAUUUCUGCAUAAUGGUUUAAUAACGGUUUAUGUUAUCAUAACAAAAUUUGUUAUUGGUCUGAUAUUGGUUGAAAGCCAAAACAACUUUGGAAUAAUAUUUUUUGUUAUGGAAGAAUAACUCCAACUGUUAUUGGGAUGAUCGGAUUAGUUGUUAAAAUAACAAAAAUUAAUAACAAAGAUUUGUUCGAAGAAUAACUAAAAAUGUUAUUAGUCUGUUAUUACAAUAACAUUCCAAUAACAAAAAAAUCAUAACGACGAAUAACAAAUCUUGUUAUAAAUAACGUAAAAUGUUAUUGGCCUAGUAUUUUCAAAUAUCAAAAAAUGUUAUUCCCAAGUUAUUUCCGUCUGCUCGGGUUUCCGUUUUUUUCUUAAACUCCGAAGAAUUUGUAGAAUUUCUCUGAACCAAACACCGUGAAAAUGCUAAAAAUGAUGUUUCAUUGCUUUAGUUCAACUUUGAAACCAUUCUUGUUAAAGUCUCUGAGAACAAUUCUUUAAUUUUGAAUGCAGUUAUUUGAUGAAACGAAGACGAGCUUUAAACGAGGUUUGUAACGAACAGUACACACUUAGUAAUCGAUCCAGGAUAAGAAUGUAAACGCAAGGAGUCUUCUUAGUCUCCAUGAGAUGAGAUCCACCAACGCUAGUACAAAUAAUGAGCAAGAACAAGAUGUGAGAUUGAGGUGUUGAUUGGGACGAGAGGGGUUUGUUCGAGGGACACUUUAAAGAAUGCCGGAACGGGACUUGAGAAUGUCGGACAAGAAAAUCUCAACCUCUUUUCACAGCACACACCACAGUUUAGUAGUGAUGAGAUAGAAAGAGAGCAUUCAACCACCCACCCAGAACGGCAAAAUGGCACCACGAUAUAGCACGUAGAUUCAAUUAGUACCGGAGGAAGAUGAGAUUUUCUUGCCGUUGGGCAUCGCGCGAGCCCGGAACAAAUGGGACGACGCUGGACAGAUCGUUAGGAAAGAUAAUAGGAAAAAAAGAAAGAGAGAUAGCCAAAGCGGUUAUAUUUUUUUAAACGAGAGAGUUUAUCCGUAACAGUCACUAAAGUCAAUCCUGUUGAUGAUAAAGAUUCAUAUACUAGCUAAAACGAUUGUUACAAAAGAAGAGAAGUUUAAUACGCCCAAUCAAACAGUCACAACUAAUCGCAUAAUCAACUGAUCCACUACGUCGUUCAAUAUUCAAUUAUAGUCAAUUGCCUCUAGUUCAAA